AUGUUUGCCCUAAAAAAGGACAGCACACUUGAAGAAAUUUUAAACAACUCUUCUGAUUAUUUAAAUGUGAAUAAACUACUUGAUUAUGCGGAUACUACAAGUUCGUGUAAGCUAACACACUCAACCAACAAAGAGACCUUCAGAUAUGGCAUAUCCGCCCUGAACACAGCCACUCAAGGUCGUGGAGGCAGAUUCGACCUGACUGUCCACUUUUGGCUACAAGGUCGCAUACUUUGGUCCCUGGCCGAAUACCUAAUAACAUAA